AUAACCGAUCCGAGUUGCGAGUCGUCUCUCUCGCCCUUCCUAUCCCCCGAUCCGAGUUGGAGUCGGGUCUCUCCCUCAAACCCCUAAAUCCAUCCCCAGUUUCGAUCUCCGAUCCAUUCGCUCCUCCGCCGCCGCCGCCGCCGCCGCCUCCCUCUCCUCGCCCGUGCCCUUGUCCACCCUGCGAAUCCCUUCUCGCGUAGAUCGAGCGGAGGAGAUCGGUGGGAGGGUGAGAGUGCUCUCGUGGUGGUCAUCGAUCCAAGUGUUCCUAGGUAUCUGUUAUCACUGGUAACAAGAUGCUUUUGCAGAUUGGAAGGUAUUGUAGUAUCGGCAUCAGGAGUUAGCAUCUAUGGCUGCUUCAGAGGAAAACAGCUCUCUUUUCCUCAUUUUCAUCCUAACCAUGAUUGCGCUACCUUUGGUGCCUUAUACACUAGUAAGGUUAUACCGUGCCGCAACUCAAAAGAAGAAGACUAUUCAUUGCCGUUGUUCUGAAUGCUCACGUUCAGGGAAGUACCGAAAAUCCAUUUACAAGCGGAUCUCAAAUUUCUCGACAUAUACCAAUCUGACAAUUCUGCUACUUUGGGUUAUUAUGGUGAUCCUGGUUUACUACAUCAAACAUAUAAGCCGCGAGGUUCAACCAUUUGAGCCAUAUAAUAUUCUUGGAUUAGAGCCCGGAGCUUCAGAGUCUGACAUAAAGAAGUCAUACCGCAGGCUAUCAAUUUUGUAUCAUCCUGAUAAGAAUCCUGAUCCAGAGGCCCACAAGUACUUCGUAGAGUUUAUAUCCAAGGCAUAUCAGGCUUUGACCGAUCCCGUAUCUCGCGAAAAUUACGAAAAAUACGGUCAUCCUGAUGGGCGACAGGGGCUUAAAAUGGGAAUUGCUUUACCCCAAUUCUUGCUGAAUAUAGAUGGAGCAUCGGGAGGAGUACUUCUUCUGGGGAUUGUUGGAGUUUGCAUUCUCUUGCCCUUGAUGAUAGCAGUCAUAUAUUUAUCCAGGUCAUCGAAAUAUACAGGCAAUUACGUCAUGCAUCACACUUUGUCAACAUACUACUACUUCAUGAAACCUUCUCUGGCACCAAGCAAAGUUAUGGAUGUCUUCAUAAAGGCUGCUGAGUAUAUGGAAAUGCCGGUGCGUCGAAGUGACGAUGAACCCCUCCAGAAGCUGUUUGUUGCAGUUAGAAGUGAGUUGAAUCUAGACUUGAAGAACAUCAGGACAGAACAAGCAAAGUUUUGGAAGCAACAUCCAUCUCUUGUUAAGAUGGAAUUAUUGGUUCAGGCUCAUUUAACUCGUGAACCGAUCACUUUGUCACCACCUCUACAACGAGACUAUAAACACAUGCUUGAACUCGCACCUCGUCUUCUGGAGGAGCUAAUGAAGAUAGCUUUAUUGCCCCGCAAUCCUCAUGGACAUGGAUGGCUCAGGCCUGCAAUUGGAGUGGUUGAACUUUCACAAAAUAUUAUCCAGGCUGUUCCUCUCAGUGCAAAAAAAGCGACUGCAGGAAAUUCAGAAGGCAUUGCACCCCUUUUGCAGCUCCCUCAUAUCACCGAGGCAACUGUCAAAAAAAUCGUCCGCAAGAAGGUCCGCACAUUGCAAGAACUACGGGACAUGAAAGUUGAGGAGCGUGCCGAGCUGCUAACUCAGACCGGGGGUCUCUCUGCUGCAGAAGCACAAGAUGUAGAGCUCGUAUUAGAGAUGAUCCCUACACUGACGCUUGAUGUCACAUGCGAAACCGAAGGCGAAGAAGGCGGCAUACAAGAGGGCGAUGUCGUCACAAUGUAUGCAUGGGUCUCUCUCAAGCGCGGCAACGGCCUCACUGCCGCCCUCCCCCACACCCCUUACUUUCCUUUUAACAAGGAAGAGAACUUCUGGGUGCUCCUCGCCGACCCUGUAUCUAAUGGAGUUUGGCUCUCCCAGAAGCUCAGCUUCAUGGACGAAACCGCCGCCAUUACUGCCGCAUCUAAAGCAAUUCAGGAAACAAAAGAGGCUCUGGGUGCGAGUGCCAAGGAAAUAGGCGUCGCUGUUAGAGAGGCCGUUGAGAAGGUAAAGAGUGGGUGUAGACUAGUGAUGGGUAAGUUUCAGGCCCCUGCUGAGGGAAGCUACAAUUUGACUGCAUACUGUCUGUGUGAUGCGUGGAUCGGGUGCGACACGAAGACUGGAUAUAAGCUCAAGGUUGCAAAGCGGAGCCGUGCAGGGACGAGGGGGGUCCAUGCGGCUGCCGAAGAAGGGGCGGCUGCUGCGGCUGCCGCGGAGGACGGGAACGAGGAAGAAGAGGAAGAGGAAGAGGAAGAGUAUGAUGAUGAUUACGAGAGCGAGUAUAGUGAUGAUGAGGAAGAUGAUCAGAAGAAGAAGAAGGGUGGUAGCAAGGCUGCUGCCGCCAACGGAUCCUCUCGGGGUCAUCAAAAUGGCGCUGCUGCGUCUGGCAGCGAAGACGAAGGCGAAGGCGACGAUGAGUGAUUAAAGAUUAAAUCAUUUUGAGCUUGUAUCUUACUUUGAUCCACCGACCAAAUUAGAUGAAGUUUUCUCCUACAAUCUUUUUUGACGUUUUGAUCUGAUAAAAGCACAUUGAACUUAUUAAUACAUACGCAGCUAUGGGGAUCAAAAGUAAGCGCUACAUGAAGAAGUUGGGAUCCCUGUUGCAAUUUACUCCAGGAUAAUCCAUAAUGUUUCAACUUUUUCUUUUUACCCCA